CUUAUCUCACAACACAGAACACACGCCAUUAUCGCCAAAAUGACGACUCCCGACAACCAACAAUCCAGCCUCCCCUACCGUGGCUCCUGCCACUGUGGACUUAUCAAGUACAUCGCCAUUAUUCCCAGGCCCCCAGCAGUAGCCCUCGGACCGGAUGUGCCAACGGGUUCCCGCGCCCGAUUUUACAAAUGCAAUUGCUCGACGUGUCACAAAAUGGGUCUUUUCCAUCUGCGACUUCCCGACGCCCCAAAUCAAUUCUUCUUGCUUUCCCCGCUGGAUUGGGACCGUAUGGCUAAUUAUCAGUGCGGGAAAGGUCUGGUCAGCUGGCUGUUCUGCCCGACCUGCGGCGUGCGAUGUUUCGCAAUGGCUGCUCACUGGAAGAAAGACCAGAUCGGCAUCGACAGCAUCUCGGCGGCCUAUAAGGGCCAGUCAGAACUGACUGGCUCGAAGGAAACGACGAAAACAAUCACCGUAUGGCGAAUUGACCCGGAGGGUUACAAGGAGAAUGUGUCUGGAUAUCUAACGCUGAAUGCACUUUCCGUUGAUCAAGACCAGGCUCAUGGGAAUCGCCUAGAUCUGCGUGAGCUUGUGGAUAAUAAGUGGAUGGAAUACCUCGACCGCAAGGAUAACAAGCUUGAGAAUCGGUACGAUUAUCCUCACGACUGUGGGACAUGGUGAUGGUGGGAAAUUCAACUAGGGGGCGUUUACUCAUGUCGCUAGGUUUGUAUAUAUCCCAAGCUCUGGUUGCCAAUAUUAGCGCUAUUUUGAAUUUGAAAUUCACCAAAAGCUCGUGUAGAUACUUCCAACCGCUUUAGGUGUGAGGCGACAAACAUAGUGAUAUUGGGAAUCUACGAAUAUCAAUUUAUCUAGGACCACAUAUAGGAUAUGAAUUUUUCUACUACUGUAUGGAUAGGCAAGAAUGAAAAAGAAAAGCCACCGUAAGAAGGUUGAGUCUGUGCUUUAUAAUAUGAAGGAAGUGAUAGCAACAACUAUAUUCUCCUAGUGCUAACAUAAAAAACAACAUAGAG